AUGACUGUAGACAACUACGACUACAUCAUCGUUGGCGGCGGCACCGCCGGCCUCGUCCUCGCCAACCGCCUCACCGAGGACCCGGCCGUCAAGGUCCUCGUCGUCGAGGCGGGCGACGACAAGAGCAAGGACCCGGCGGUGCUGACGCCGGGCCUCAUGGGCGCGCAAUAUGGCAACCCCGACUACGACUGGAACUUUAACUCUGUGCCCCAGGCCGGAUUGAACAACCGCCGCGUCAACACGCCUCGCGGCAAACAGCUCGGCGGCUCCUCUGCUCUCAACUUCAUGAUGCUGCUCUACCCGUCGCGCCGCAGCCUCGACGCCUGGAAAGCCGUCGGCAACCCGGGCUGGGACUACGACACCCUGGCGCCAUACUUCCGCAAGUUCGCGACCGUACACGGCCCGCCGCAGGCUGCGCGUGACGCCGUCGGCCUGACGUACCACGACGAGUCGCUCGUCGGCGAGGGCCCGGUGCAGGUCUCCUUUGGUGUCGGCUACGGGCCCGUCAACACGGCGUGGAUGGAUACGUUUGGCAAGCUGGGCCUCGAGAUGAAGGUCGACGCGCGCAGUGAAGAGGCGCUCGGGGCGUUCCAGCAGCCCGCGAGCAUCGACCCGGCGACCAAGACGAGAAGCUACGCCGCCACGGCCUACUACACGCCCGAGGUCGCGGCCCGGCCGAACCUCAAGGUGCUGACCAAGACGGUCGUCAAGCGCAUCGUCUUCGACACCAGCGCGGAGGAGCCUAUCGCCACGGGCAUCGAGACAUUGGCGUCUGACGGAACCGUGCGGACCAUCAGCGGCAGCGAAGUCAUCCUCUCCGCCGGCGCGUUUCACACGCCUCAGCUCCUCGAGCUCUCCGGCGUCGGAUCCAAGGCCCUGCUCGACAAGUUCGACAUCCCCGUCGUCAUCGACCACCCGUCGGUGGGCGAGAACCUGCAAGACCACCCCCUCACCUGCCAGUCGUUCGAGGUCAAGCCCGACGUGCCCUCGACCGACGUCGUGCGCGACCCCAACGUCCUCAACGCCCUCGUCGCCAUGUACCAGGAGUCGCAAGCCGGGCCCCUCGGCGAGAGCAACAUCAGCGUCGCCUACGCGCCCCUCGCAGACGGCUCGGGCCUGGCCUCCGCCGACGCCAAGAAGGCGCUCUUCGCGGAGCACGCGCAGCACGCUACCUCGGGCGAUGGCCCGCUGCUGCGCGACCUGCUCGAGAACUCGGACGAGCCCAUGGUCGAGUACCUUCUCCUCGGGGGCCAGGGCAACACCACCAUGGCAGAGCCCAGCAGCAUGGCCGAGUACCUGCACCCGUCGCGGCCAGAGAACUACAUCUCGGUGCUGUCCUUCCUCAACCACCCCUUCUCGCGCGGCAGCGUGCACAUCACGAGCGGCGACGUCCACGAGAAGCCCGCCUGGGACGCCGGCUUCAACAGCAACCCGCUGGACCUGGAGAUUUCGGCGCGCCACGCCCAGUUUGCCGAGAUGCUGAUCGCGCGGACGGGCGGCUUCGCGGAUCUUCUGAAGCCAGAUGGUGCGCGCAUCCCCGAGAUGCGCGCGGAGAGCCUCGACGACGCCAAGGAGGUUGUUCGCCGUGGGCAGGUCAGCUGCUACCACCCGUCGGGCAGCUGCUCGAUGAGGCCGCGUGACAAGGGUGGCGUGGUGGACACGCGGCUGCGUGUCUACGGCACCAAGGGGCUGCGUGUUGUGGACGCCAGUGUCUUCCCGCUCGUGCCGGUGGGCAACAUCCAGAGCGUCGUGUAUGCCGUCGCGGAGAUGGCGGCGGACCUCAUCAAGGAGGACCACAAGGCAAAGGUCAAGGCUUCAGCAUGA